AGAGUGAAGAAAUUGCAGUGAGUAGUUUGGUUGCUAUGCAUGUUAAUGACUUUGUACCCUGGGCUUGUGGAUCUGUUUUAAAAGAGGACAAGCAAGCAAGGCGAAGCUCAGAGUGAAGGUGGAAAACAGGCAGUGAAGGCAUCAGCACAGAAACAGUGCGAGCGACCGCAGCUUCUGUGAACUCCACACAGGCAGACCUCCAGGUAGCACAGUUUAAAGCUCAUCUCCAUAUUAUAAGUAACAGAAUAGGAAUUGGGACAUGAAACCUCUUUAUGCAGCAAUCCUAUUACUCAUUCUAGCAAUCUACACACUGCAAGUGGAAGGGUCAAAAUGCAAGUGUUCUAGAAAGGGUCCAAAAAUUCGAUUCACAGAUGUUCAGAAACUGGAAAUCAAACCAAGACAUCCGUAUUGUGAGGAAAAGAUGAUUAUUGUGACCAUGCAUGUUUCCCGACUUAGAGGACAACAGUAUUGCUUGCACCCUAAACUACACAGUACUAAGAAGUUCCUUAAAUGGUACACAAUAUGGAAAGAAAAGAGCAGAGUCUAUGAAGACUAAGUCAGUACUGCAAUGACUACAGCAAAUCAAUAUGAAGAAUGUCAAAAGGAGACCAACAGUUUUUUCCCAAUUUUAAGAUAGGGACUACAUUUAUGACUAUUUAAGCACUUGUUAUGAGGUGUGUAUUUUUAUGUUUUGUAGCAUGAAAGUCCCUUAAAACUCAUAACUUUACAUAUUCUCAUGAAUUUAACUGUCUACCUAAUUCUGAAAAUGGAAAGCCUUUGUGUCAUUUUAUAUGAGAAGUUGUGCGUGUUUGAGUUAAAGAGAUUAACAGUACCUAUGAGCUUUAUAAGUUCAUCAAGUAAACAAUCAUAGAUAAGGGACUUAACUACUUUUAUUCUUCUGCCUUGGCAUUAUAAUUUUAUUGUAUAUACCGUUGUCCUUUUUAAAAAAAAAAAGAAAAGAAAAGAAAAAAAAA